AUGUUGAGAAAUCUUCGCUAUGUGUGCACUGCACAUGAAAAUUUAUCUUAUAAAAUCAUUCUUCUGAUCGAUCAGGAGAUCAAAGAAGACCAGCUCAUUCGUGUGACUGGCGCUGCCCAGAAGUUUCCCGAGCUGGCUCCCCCUCCGGAUAUCGAUGAGCGAGUGACAUGGACUGUGCACGCCCCAGAGGCAGUCCUCAAGCGGCUCCCAGCCAGGGAGGCAGUCAGCGUCAUCGGAGUCAUCCUUCGAGGACAAUUUUACAUCUAUGACGUGUGCCGCAAGCGAGUGGAUGCUAACGGAGGUGUCACCCUGAGUUGGUCAAAGCAUGGUAUCAUUUCAGCGUGGCAAAUUGCCCGCCAAUUGGCUUGCUGGGACCCCGUGGCUGAGUAG